AUGCCUUCCUACACUCUCCACUACUUCAACCACCGUGGCCGUGCUGAAAUCUGCCGUAUGCUCUUUGCAGCUGCUGGUGUCCAGUACAAUGACCGCAGGAUCGAAUAUUCGGAAUGGAACAACAUGCGAAGCAAGAUGCCUUGCCACAUGGUUCCAAUGCUGGAAAUCGAUAACAGGCACCAAAUUCCUCAGAGUAUGGCUAUUGCCAUGUACCUUGCCAGAGAAUUCGGAUUCCAUGGCAAGAACAACAUGGACAUGGCCAGAGUUGACUACAUUUCAGACUGUUUCUACGAUAUCAUGGAUGACUACAUGAGAAUGUACCAGGACAACAAUGGAAGAAUGAUGUUUCAACGAUCAAACAGUAUGAACAUCUCUUCUGAGAGGCGUAUGCGAUUCCAAGAAACCUGCAGAAGAAUUCUUCCCUUCAUGGAAAGAACACUGGAAAUGCGUAACGGUGGCAACCAAUUCUUCAUGGGUGAUCAUAUGACCAUGGCUGACAUGAUGUGCUACUGCGCCCUUGAGAAUCCAAUGAUGGAAGACUCCAACUUCCUCAGCUCUUAUCCUAAACUCAUGUCACUGAGAAACCGUGUGAUGAACCAUCCCAAGAUGUGCCACUAUUUGAAAAAGAGGUGCCGCACUGAAUUCUAAGAAUAUUCUAAAUGAAUAACAAUGACACGUCACAAAGAUAAAAUAGAAAAACUCAAUAAUUAUUAACCAAUUAAUCGAGUCAUUAACGAACAAAGAAAGAAACAAAACGGAAUUUCCU